CUUCAAGUGGCAUAUAAUUUUAAUCUAGUAAACUACUCGACUAUAUCCAUCUACUCCUUUUUUUCUAUAUUUUUUUUUCUGUUGUUUUUGUUGUUUCUUAAAAGAAGAAGAAAAUGUUUUUACAGCAUCAACGGCUCUUAGGCCUGGCAGUGAUGCUCAUGGCAAUCGGCAGUUCGAUGGGCAAAAAACUAGAGAAACGUUGUGUCAACUGUUCAUAUCGUACGUAUUAUACCUAUGGCAACGAUGGCCGAUCCCUGCAGCGCGUGAUCUAUACAAAUCCAGUCUACACACGUGGCCAGACCUAUGGCUGCAGCGGCAAUCCGUGCGGCGUGAAUGCCGUCUGCCAGGAAGCCUCCGGCGGCCGUCCGGUCUGCUCCUGCCCGCCCGGCUUUAGCGGUAAUCCGCUUACGCACUGCAAUCGCGGCGAAUGCCUCGACAACAUCGACUGCCGCGGCGACCUGCAGUGCAAGGAUAAUCGUUGCGUUAAUCCAUGUGUCGGCGCCUGCGGCAUCGGCUCCAAUUGUGACGCCAGAAAUCAUGUUGCUGUCUGCAGUUGCCCGGCUGGCUACAACGGAGAUCCCUAUACCUCGUGCCAUCUGAACGAUCCAGAGGAACAAUGCCAUCCGAGUCCGUGCGGCAUUAACACCAAAUGCGAGAUCAUUAACUCGGUGCCAACGUGCUCCUGCCUCCACGGCUAUCUGGGCAACCCGCUGAGCGGUUGCCGCCACGAAUGCGAACACGACGGCGACUGCGGCGGUCGCGACAUGUGCAGCAACUACAAGUGCGUCCCAUCCUGCGGCCAGUGCGGCAUCGGUGCCAAUUGCAAAACGGUGGCCAACCAUCGAGCCAUCUGUGAGUGCCCCAAGGGUUACAUUGGCAGUCCGUACACCGAAUGCCGUCCCGAAUGCUACGGCGAUGUCGAUUGUCCAGCCAGUCGACCCGCCUGCUUCUAUGGCAUCUGCAAGAACACAUGCGAGGGCGCCUGCGGUGUCGGAGCCGAUUGCAAUCUGCGUGGAUUGACGCCCGUGUGCAGCUGUCCACGCGACAUGACUGGCGAUCCGUUUGUGCGCUGUCGCCCCUUCACCAAGGAGGAUCUCUGCGAGCCCAAUCCAUGCGGCACCAAUGCCAUCUGUGUCCCCGGUCACGACAACACUGGACGCGAACGUCCCGUCUGCAAUUGUCUGCCCGGACACACGGGCAAUCCUCUUUCGCACUGUCAGCGCGGCGAGUGCUUGAGCAACAACGAGUGCCCCGAUCACCGGGCUUGCAUCAACUAUCAGUGCGUCGAUCCCUGCAUUGGCAAAUGCGCCACAGGCGCCAGCUGCGAGGCGAAAGCUCAUCUCGCCGUCUGUCGUUGUCCCGCCGGACAAUCGGGCGAUGCGCUCGUCUCGUGCCGCCAAACACGCAACUUCCCCGUGGCCAAGUACCACUAACAUAAGUUUAAGUGUUUCACAGUGCUAGAUGAUGUUCAUUCUGGCUACCAAAACGCCGCACUGCCUGCCCGCAACAACAACAACAACAAAACUCUCACUCACUUUCACUCACAGUUCUCAGUGCUUUUCUAUUAAUCCAAUUGCACCUAAUUCGCCUGUGACACCGCUAAAUAAAAAACAAAACAAAUACAAUUUGUAAAACGAAUAAAAACGAAUUAAAAAA